CCAGAUGUUCCCAAUUGCCUUUGCUGUUGUUGAGGCUGAGACUAGAGAUUCAUGAGAAUGGUUUGUGUCCCUAUUACUGGAUGAUCUGAACACAAUACAAUCAAGGAGGUGGUCAUUUAUUUCAGAUCAACAGAAGGGCUUGGUUCCCACCUUAGCAGCAUUGAGUGAAGAUGUGGACCAUAGAGUAUGUGUUAGGCAUGUUUAUGGAAACUGGAGAAAGAAGUAUCCAGGAGAGGAAAUGAAAAAUGCACUAUGGUCAGCUGCUAGAUCAUGCACUGUGCCUCAAUUUGACAGGGCAAUGCAAAAGCUUAAGGAGAUGAAUGAAGAAGCAUGGAAGGAUCUAUGUGAGAUACCUCUUAAGCAGUGGGCAAAAGCACAUUUUAGUACUCAUUCUUUGUGUGACCUGCAAGUGAACAACAUGUGCGAAGCUUUCAACAUGGCAAUUCUGGAACACAGGGAUAAACCCAUCAUAUCACUCAUUGAAGGCCUAAAGCACUACAUCAGCUCUCGGAUUGUGAAGCAGAGGGACUUAAUGUUGAGGUACAAGGGAAACAUAUGCCCCAUGAUUCAGGAGAAAUUGGAGGCUCACAAGUUAGCAGCACAAAACUGGGCACCACAUUGGAAUGGUGAUACCCUUAAUUCAAAAUUUGAGGUUACAGAUGGGACUAACAAGUAUCGUGUGGAGCUGGCCAAAAAUCAUUGUGCAUGUAGGAGAUGGGAUUUGACAGGUAUCCCAUGCUGCCAUGCUAUUCCUUGCAUGUGGCAUAACCGUACUCACCCUGAAGAAUAUGUGGACAACUACUAUAGGAGAGAUACUUUUCUGUCCACUUAUGCAUAUAUAAUUGAACCAAACAAUGGUCCCAUACUCUGGCCUGUCAGUGAUCUGACACCACUAAAUCCACCAUAUGUGAGAAGGGCACCUGGAAGACCUAAGACUCAAAGAAACAAAAAGAAUGAUGAGCCCAGGAAUCCCUACAAGCUUGCAAGGAAUCAGACCAAGGUUAAGUGCAGUAGGUGUGGAAAGUGGGGUCACAAUAUAAGAACUUGUGGAGGGAAAACUGGUGCGGAUAGGGAAAUAGAGAAAGGGGGGAACAAGCAAAACUCAAAGAAGACUCACCCAAAACCUAGAACAAGAAGUGCAAGGACUGCUGAUGCACCUCUAAAGCCUACAUACAAGCCUGCUGCAAAAGGAAAGAGGAAGACUAAAGCAAGUGAGCCUACUGCUUCUCAGCCAAUGACAGCUCAAGCUAAUGGAAGUCAGGCAAAUGCAUCACAACCACAAUCUCAAGCUAAUGGAAGUCAGCCAAAUGCAUCACAACCACAAUCUCAAGCUAAUGGAAGUCAGCCAAAUGCAUCACAACCACAAUCUCAAGCUAAUGGAAGUCAGCCAAAUGCAUCACAACCACAAUCUCAAGCUAAUGGAAGUCAGCCAAAUGCAUCACAACCACAAUCUCAAGCUAAUGGAAGUCAGCCAAAUGCAUCACAACCACACUCUCAAGGUAGCACAAUUACAGCUUCAUUACCACCAGCUGGUGUAGCUAGAAGGGGAAGAAAGAGAUCAAGAGCUGGACUAGGAACACAAGAGAGCACAAGCUGAAUGGGAAAGUGCUUUGUUGUUUCUGCAUUUUGUAUUUUGUUUCUAUGUACUUGGGAAGCCAAACUAGUAUGGCCUAUGAUUAUUGAUAUUUUGGUAUGGCCUUGUAUGACCUUGUAACUCUGCACUUUAUUUUGAUACUAUUAGUUAAGUGUAGACCUUUAUUGUUCAAGUUUAAAUGUAGACAAUUUAAAGCUUGGUUAA